AUGGCUCCUAACAGCAUGCGCUUGGGGAGGUGGCUGUCCUCCAUGCGCAACACACACAACAAAGCCCGCGAACCACAGUCUCCGUUUGCGCACGGUGGCCUCGAUGGUUUCCUCGCAGCCUGCCUGGAUGAGGGCCUGGGCAUAGGACAGGGGGCGGUCUGAGCGUUUCCGCUUGCUCCAGCCGAUGCACCGUGUGAGGAACUGGCGGUGGGUCCCAUUGAUGAGAUUCGUGUAGUGCUCCGCUGUUAGGCGCCACGAGGCGCACCCAUACAGGACAGUCUCCACACCACUUCAGCCUGGAGUAGCCGGAUCUUGAGCUGGCGGUUGACCCGUCGUCUGUCGUACAUCGAAGCACUGUUCCGGCGGUAGCACCUCCACGCUCGGCAGCUGCGGCUCGUGAUCUCCCNGUCAUGGGUUCGAGUCCCGGUAGAGAGACUCGUUUGUUAGUAAACCAUAAUCGACUUCGUAAGUCGCGAGGGAAGGGAUUGCUGUACCCUUCUCGCG